AGCACCAUAAACAUAUACAUAGAGAGAGAUAUAUAGGUGAGAGGUUUGAAGGGUAUGAGUUUCUGGUCGGAAUCCAUGGAUACCACCACCAACAACCGCCACCGUGAGAUGGAGGAGGAGGAUGAGACUGUCGUCAAGUAUAUGGUAGGUGGGGUGGUUGCUAUUCAUAGUCAAGUGAAGAAGAUAAAACAAGAAUUGGAGAAGACUAUGCAUCCAGCUGCCGCCCUCGAGGAGCACCCGGAGAUGAGAUCGCUUUUACGAGAAUUCUCGAGGCAGACGAAGCGUUCUCGCUCGCCCUUGGGCAUAACCAACCGCCCGAUCUCCGUUGGCAACUCUUAGAACUAUACGAAACCAUGGUUUUCUUUUUCUUUUUUAUCGCCACGAUAUGUGAUUAUAGUAUUUUGAUGUUCAGAUGUAAAUAGUUUUGAAGGAUAAAUAGUAAAAAUAUUAUCUUGAAUUCUAUAUUUAUAAAUGAAGCAUUAAGUGGUUGUACCUUGUGCAUCAUGCUUUGUAC